CUGUAGCGCUGCUACACUGUGACUAUCGGGUCACCGAGCUAAAGGUGGUGUUUUGCCCACCCCUAGCAACUUUUUCCCUCAAAAAGGACCUAGCCACAAACGCCACUUUAAAAAUGUAAUUUCACACUUUUUGCAGUAUUCCUGACGGCGUAAUUUGUAGUCAUGGGACUCAUUCCAAUCGUUUAUUAUAUCCGUGAUCCGUCCUCGCCUCCUCGGUCCUUUGCUUGAUUCGAAAAUUCAUCGAGGUCCGCCAUCUUUAAGGACACUGCGAUUCGGCGGAGCGAGCUCAGGGGCGAGGAGACUUCAGCAAGGAUACAUUGCAAGUGCAGUCUUUACAGAAGCCUUUUUUCGGAACGUGUCUCUUAUAAAUAUUCCACCUCUCCACAUUGUAACAAUUUGAAACAUGGCGGGAACACCCCUGUACAAAUGGACAGAUGAGGAAACCGUCAGACUCAUUCGCCUGAGGGCUGAAAAUGAUAACCUCUUCACGGGGAAGAGGCACGCAGCCGGAAAAGCAUGGAAGGAAAUUCUCCGGCAGAUGGGCCUGCAGGGCCGGGUGAGCCAUGCACAAGCCGCUAAAAAAUGGGACAAUCUGAAGCGGAAGUAUAAGGAACUCCGGAGCUCUGCAGCGGGGACGGGGACGGACAGGGGAGAGUCCACAGCAGCCACAGCAGCCACCUGGCCGUGCUUUUCUGCGAUGCACGAGGCCAUCGGCGGGGGGGAGCCUGUCGAUCUUCUCGUCCCGACGGACUCGCGUGUUGCAGAAAACCCGGCACACGUGGCUGACGAGGCCUCGGACGCUGGCGGCUCCUCCCCUCUUGGAUCUGUGACGGCCACUCAUAGCCAGACGUGUGUGAAGGAGGAGGAGGAGGAGGAGGAGGAGGGGGAGGCCACACAGCCCUUUUGUCAUCACUCGUGGACACAUUUUCAAACCUUCAGACUCAUUCGACUGAGGUCUGAAAAUGACCACCGCUUCACGGGGAAGAGGCAUACAGCCAAAAAAGCAUGGAAGGAAAUUCUUCAGCAGAUGGGCCUACAGGGCCAAGUGAGCCCUGCACAAGCUGCAAAAAAGUGGGAUAAUAUGAAGCGGAAGUAUAAGGAACUCCGGAGCUCUGCAUCGGGGACGGGGACGGACAGGGGAGAGGCCACAGCAGCCACUUGGCCGUGGUUUACUGCGAUGCACGAGGCUGUCGACAGGGGUGAAUCUGUCGACUUGGCACAUGUGGCUGAUGAGACCUCGGAUGCUGGUGGCUCCUCUCCUUCUGGAUCUGUGACGGCCACUGGCAGCGUGGUGUGUGUAGAGGUGGGGGAGGAAGUGGUGGAGGAGGAGGAGGAGACGGACGACGACGAUGCACAGCCUGACUCGAGCGGCACGGACGAUGAGCCAUGUACCUUCGCCUGUCCCCCACCCCCCAAAAGAAGAAGGACCUGUCAGGCAGCCAUUUUAGAGUUCCUCAAGGAGGAGGCCGCCAAAGAGGAAGAGCGUUUCAGGGCCGCACAGGAGACCACAAAUAGAUUCCUGGACCUUUUUGAGCGAUUGAUCAACAAACUGUGAAUAGUUGACAUAACCAAAAUAAGAUUUACAGUACGAUAGCCUUAUUGUAUGUUGCCGUGCUCGCUCAGUUCCACAGGACACUCGCGUGGAGCGGUGUUGCCCCGCCAGGCAACCUCACCAGCCAUGUCCGCUUCAUUCCCCCCCUCACUGGACAUGGUGGAGCCACACCACUGUCACUGACAAUCCUCCAUGGGCUCAAGGGAUAUCCCCACUGUAAGAUGUUAUGAUUGAGGUGCCUCAACAACUUUGUAAGGUAUCCUGGCUCUGUCCAUGACUCCAGAGUGUUGAAGAACAGAAGGAUCUUCAAGGUCAUGUUCAGCAGCUGCAACAGUUGCACAGCACUGACUGUGGGUGCGAAGGUGUGGUCCAUCUCCAGAGCCUUGGAGGUCAGGCACCUACAGCAUAUCUUCAGCAUGCCAAAGUCCUGCUCUGUUAUGUCAACCUUGGCAUGGUGGUGGUUGAAGCGGCUCUGUACCCUCCCUUUCAGUGACUCCUGAUAUUGGGUGAUGAUGGCCACAGGGUGGUUGAUGCAGGGGUAGCCUCCAUCCUUCACAAGAAUCCUGGAGGUGGGGUGGAAAAUAUGGACAAAAUGAACAGUGUGAUAAUCAUCACUGCAUUAUAUAGCUAUGAACGUGUUGGGUUAUUUGCUGAAGUUGUCAAAUUCACAUGGUAAGAGGUCACAUCUUUAUUCAGAUUCAAUCAAAUUGAUAUAGACUGUACUGUUUUUGUUGACCAAACUCCUAUAAUUUUUUAUAAAAAUGUCAAUUAUUUGACAUGCCAUGUAGUGAUUGAUUUUGUUCAGACCUAACCCAUUUUCACACGUGACAGUUGAGAAGCAUGAUAUCUCGAUAUGAGAAUUGUGUGACAAUGUGAUUGUAUGGAGAGAUGUUGAACAAUUUUCACUUGCCCUGACCCUUCAUGUGCAACCCUACCUGCAGGAGGGUACUGAGUCUUUGUGUAGAUCCGUCCUUUUUAGAUCCUCGUCCUUCAAGACCCUGGCGUUUUGAAAGGAGCCAGGAUACUCCACAAAGGUGUUGAGGAACCUGCCUUUUCCGUCGCAUACUACCUGCAUCUGUAUGGAUGGGAUGAGCUUCCUAUUGAGGGCGUCUUGAUGCGGACAUGGCAACUGUCGAUGGCACCCACACACUUGGAAAAACACUUAACUGUUGGUCUACCGUGCAAGCCAUUGACCAGGCUGAAGUUGGGCAGCCAAACAACCUCCUGGCAAAGGGCAGCAAUCUGGUUUAUUCCGGUGUGAAAGUCCAGUCGCCACACGUGGUCUUGGAUAUCUCAAAGGCCUGGCACACCACACUGUAGACCAAACUGUGGGCAAGCAAAUACGGUUGUCUGGAUCCUUAUGUGGUGUGGCCAGCUAUGUGUCCCCUCAUGUGGCAGUAACUGGAUGAAGAACAGUAGUCUGCCAUGAUUUCCAGGUCCUCCGUAAAAUUGAGCUGCAGACCUGGCGCAGUGCCAUUUAUUUUUGCAUAAUGCCCUACUGGUGGAUUGUCAGCCUUCAAAAAAAAUAAAGAAAUGAAAAACA